AUGGAGCUGACUGAAUUGCUCCUCGUGGUCAUGCUUCUCCUAACUGCAAGACUAACUCUGUCCAGCCCAGCUCCUCCUGCCUGUGACCCUCGACUCCUAAAUAAACUGCUCCGUGACUCCCACAUCCUUCACAGCAGACUGGGUCAGUGUCCAGACUUUAACCCUUUGUCCACACCUGUCCUGCUGCCAGCGGUGGACUUCAGCUUGGGACAAUGGAAAACCCAGACGGAGCAGACCAAGGCACAGGACGUUCUGGGAGCAGUGACCCUUUUACUGGAGGGAGUAAUGGCAGCACGGGGACAACUGGGACCCACCUGCCUCUCAUCCCUAUUGGGGCAGCUUUCUGGACAGGUCCGCCUCCUCCUUGGGGCCCUACAGGGCCUCCUUGGAACCCAGGGCAGGACCACACCUCACAAGGAUCCCAAUGCCAUCUUCCUGAGCUUCCAACAACUGCUCCGAGGAAAGGUGCGUUUCCUGCUGCUGGUAGUUGGGCCCACCCUAUGUGCCAGACGGGCCCUGCCCUCCACAGCUGUCCCAAGCAGUACCUCUCUAUUCCUCAUACUGAACAAGCUCCCAAACAGGACUUCAGGAUUGUUGGAGAGAAAUUCCAAUGCCUCAGCCAGAACUACUGGCUCUGGACUUCUGAACAGACUACAGGGAUUCAGAGCCAAAAUUCCUGGUCUGCUGAACCAAACCUCCAGGCCCCUGGAUCACAUCCCUGGAUACCUGAACAGGACACAUGGACCCUCGAAUGGAACUCAUGGACUCUUUCCUGGGCCCUCACCCAAGGCCCUAGGAGCCUCAGACAUUUCCCCAAGAACUUCAGACACAGGCUCCUUACCACCCAACCUCUGGCCCGGAUAUUCUCCUUCCUCAACCCAUCCUUCUACUGGACAGUACAUGCUCUUCCCUCCCUCACCCACCCCUGUGGUCCAGCUCCAUGUCCAGCUUCCUCACCCCUCUGCAACCACAGCCAAGCCCAAUCUUACCAGCCCUCUUCUAAUGGAAGCCCAUUCUGACUCCCAGAAUCUGUCUCAGGAAGGCUAA